AUGCCAGACCCUCAGAGUUUCACCCAGAAUUAUAACCAGGCCAAGCUCAUUACUCCAAACCUGCUGUCAACACUUGGAGAGGCCUCUGCCAGCCAAGAAGAGCGUGGGAGCUCCACUGGCAAAGCAGCUACCAGGAAGUGCAAGGGCAGAAAGCAGACUUUCAGAGGCCAGUACAUGUCCCAUGUCCGGGGUCAGCGCCGUCGCCAGAGAAGGCUGGGAAGCCCAGAGCCGAGAUUCCGACCUCGGGGCACUCCGACUCGCGUCCUGGGCAGCAGGGGCCUUGGGCCCAAGGUCAGCAGCGCAGCAUCGCGCGCACUCAUCCGGUUCGGGUGCCAGGGCCCUGCCGUGGGCCCGCAGGGGGCGGCCCGCAGGGCUGGAGCGCAGGUGGCGGCACUGAGCAGGGCACACGGCGAGCGCCGCGGAGGGGCUGCCCGGCACCGCCGCGGGCUGGGGCCGGGCCCGGGCCAGGCCGCGCCCCCCGCCUGCUCACCGGAGCCCGCGGUGCAGCCCCGCGGCAGGGGCGUGGACCGAGCGUUCUGCGGCCGCGGCGCCGCGGGGCUCAAGCGCCCGCGCUGCCGUACCUCCGAGGCCCCGCGCCGGCCGGGCGGGAGAAGGAGAGCCGCCUCCUCGCGGAAGAAGCCCGCCAGCCGCGCGCCACCCCCGUCGGUGCCCUACCUGGGCGCGGAGCGGAGGGGCGACGAGCGGGCAGCAGAGGGGCAAGGGGCGAGCCGCCGCCGCCGCGCAGGUCCGCCUGCCAGCCGCCUGCCAACCAGGCCUGCCCGCCGCUACCUGAGGCGCCGGGUUGGCGCUGCCAACAGGAAACUUGAGAGCGCCAGGGGCGCGGCGGCCGCCCUGUCCGCCGGCCGGAAACGCGCCCGCCGCAGCCCGGGGUCAGGCUCCAGCCGGGCUCCUCCGACCUCGCCUCCCCUGCCACCCGCCGGGCCCCGAGAGCGCUCCCCGCAGUGUUCGGACUCGCCCGAACCUCCUCCCCGGCCAGGACGUUUCUCAAGAAAACGCCUUCAACUGAUCCUCAAGGAAGACAAUGCAAAGUCCAAUCUACCAUUGCAUUGGUGAAAUCCCUGAAAUCCCAAUCACCGGACAGAAAACAUUUAACAAAUUGGGCUGCAUGACUUCGGCACUGACAGCUGAACAGAAAGGAGGAUAUUCAGAAAAUCUGCGGAGUCACUGCUUGGACAAACCUGUCACUUAACCAAACUGUAACAGAGCCAUGGUUCUGGUGGGACAGCCUGGUGUCCUGAGAACCAGGACUGCCAGAUUCAGAUGCAUCUGGGUAUGUCUGGAGCAGUUGUAGGGAGUGGGGCAGGCAGCAGUCUAUUGGCAGAGGGAUGUAGGAACCUAUGGGAAAGGGUCCAGCCUGUGAAUGUGGUUCAGUCUACCAUUGUAUUGCAUAGUCCUCUCCAUCAAGAACAGAUAAAACUUCUCUUAGACUUGAAGACCUGUGAACUAAAAAAGCAAGUUGUCCAUCUCAUGCCCAUGCCAACCUACAAAUGUGCAAAGUGGAUCAGGCAAAAGAUAACUUCAGUAAACAAAUAAGCACAACCCUUCAGAAAGGCAAGACUGAGAGACCCCCCGUAGUCACCGUUCCACAGAUACACUGGUAUUACAAUGCUUCAACAUCAGGGUUGCCUAGCCUGGAGCAGCGACUCUCUCACCAUUAUUAUCCUUUGUGAUCCUCUGCAUCAUCCUCUGGAGGGCUUCUUUCUGGACCCUUAUUCUCCUUGGCUACAUGUAAAGAGGGAGCUGGGGAGACUGCUCUUCCUAGGGGCAAUGCAACUUCCUGCCAGAGGUUGUUUUAUGGCUUAACUAACGAACUUAGGCUUUUUACACAAGCUUGUGGUUUCUUUGACAAUACGGUUUCCUCAAAACAUUGGUAAACUCUAAUCUAUUGGCACCCAGACUGUUUCAUUUGCCAGCAUUCCUACUCAGUGUUCUUUUGUAAGACAGUCUUCGAAUUUUCUUGUAAGAUACAGUCUUACAAUUGCUUUGGUAAGACAUAAUCUUCUGCCUCCUUGCCCCCAUGCUCUCUCUUUCAAUGUGAUAGUGAUUUCCUUGAAGCUGACUGGAACAAAGGAACACACAUUUAAUCAGAUAUUUUCCAUGAUUCACUAUAAUCAACUGAAACAUCUUGAGCGUUUGUCACGCAGUGUUUUAAACUUCCAUCUCUUACUGUUUAGGAGCCAGAAGCAGUCAGCUUUUCUAAGUCUGCUGGCCUCAGUAUUCCAGGCUUUUGUCUAUACCAUUUAAUUUCUACUGACAAAACAACCAAAUAUAUUCUUUUUUUUUAAUUUUAUUCUUUUAAUCUAUUUUCAAGUUAGUUAACAUAUAGUGCACUCUUGGCUUCAGUAGAACCCAGUGAUUCAUCUCUUACAUAUGAUACGCAGUGCUCAUCCCUCCUUAAUGCCCAUCAUCCAUUUAACCUACCCUCCCCCCAAGCACCCCCUUCCAAAAACCCUCAGUUUGUUCUCUGUAUUUAAGAGUCUUUUAUGGUUUGUCUCCCUCUCUGUUUUUAUCUUAUUUUUCCUCCUCUUCUCCUAUGUUCAUCUGUUGGGUUUCUCAAACUCCACAUACGAGUGAAAUCAUAUGGUGUCUGUCUUUCUCUGAUUGGCUCAUUUCAGUUAGCAUAAUACCCUCCAGUUCAUCCACAUUGUUGCAAAUGGCAAGAUUUCAUUCUUUUUCAUCACCAAGUAGUAUUCCAUUGUGUGUAUAUACCACAUCUUCUUAAUCCAUUCAUCAGUUGAUGGAUAUUUGAGCUCUCUGUAUAAUUUGGCUAUUGUUUAUAGCACUGCUAUAAACAUUGGGGUUCAUGUGCCCCUUUGAAUCAGCAUUUUUUGGAUACUUUGGAUAAAUUCCUAGUAGUGCAAUUGCUGUGUUGUAGGGUAGCUUUAUUUUUAAUUUUUUGAAGAACCUCCACCAUACUGUUUUCCAGAGUGGCUGCACCAGUUUGCAUUCCUACCAACAGUGCAAAAGGGUUCCCCUUUCUCCACAUCCUCGCCAACAUCUGUUGUUUGCUGAGUUGUUAAUAUUAGCCAUUCUGACAGGUGUGAGGUAGUAUCUCAUUGUCGUUUUCAUUUGUAUUUCCCUGAUGAUGAGUGAUGUUGAGCAUCUUUUCAUGUGUUUGUUUGUUUGUCAUCUGGAUGUCUUCUUUGGAAAAGUGUCUAUUCAUGUCUUCUGCCCAUUUCUUCACUGGAUUAUUUGGUUUUUGGGUGUUGAGUUUGGUAAGUUCUCUAUAGCUUUUGGAUACUAACCCUUUAUCCGAUGUCAUUAGCAAAUAUCUUCUCCCAUUCCAUCAGUUGCCUUUUAGUUUUGUUCAUUGUUUCCUUUGCUGUACAGAAGCUUUUUAUCUUUAUGAGGUCCCAGUAGUUCAUUUUUGUUUUUAUUUCCCUUGCCUCCACUUGACGUGGAGACACAUCAAGUAAGAAGUUGCUGCAGCUGAGGUCAAAGAGGUUGCUGCCUGUUUUCUCCUCUAGGAUUUUGAUGGUUUCCUGUCCCACAUUUAGGUCUUUCAUCCAUUUUGAAUUCAUUUUUGUGUAUGGUAUAAGAAAGUGGUCCAGUUUAUUUCUGCUGCAUGUUGCUGUCCAGUUCUCCCAGCACCAUUUGCUAAAGAGACUGUCUUUUUUCCAUUGAACACUCCUUCCUGCUUUGUCAAAGCUUAUUUGGCCAUACAUUUGUGGGUCCAUUUCUGGGUUCUCUAUUCUAUUACAUUGAUCUAUGUGUCUGCUUUUGUGCCAAUACCAUACUGUCUUGAUGAUUACAGUUUUGUAAUACAGGCUAAAGUCCAGAAUUGUGAUGCUUCCAGCUUUGAUUUUCUUUUUCAACAUUACUUUGGCUAUUCAGGGUCUUUUGUGGUUCCAUACAAAUUUUAGGAUUGUUUGUUCUAGUUCUGUGAAGAAUACUGGUGUUAUUUUGAUAAGGAUUUCAUUAAAUGUGUAGACUGUUUUGGGUAGUAUUGACAUUUUAACAAUAUUUCUUCUUCCAAUCCAUGAGAAUGGAAUGUUUUUCCAUUUCUUUGUGUCUUCAAUUUCUUUCACAAGCUUUCUAUAGUUUUCGGUGUACAGAUCUUUUACCUCUUUGGGUAGGUUAUUCCUAGGUAUUUUAUGGGUUUUGGUGCAAUUGUAAAUGAAUAGAUUACUUGAUAUCUCUUUCUGUUGCUUCAUUAUUGGUGUAUAGAAAUGCAACCGAUUUCUGUACAUUGAUUUUAUAUCCUGCGAUUUUGCUGAAUUCAUGUAUGAGUUCUAGAAGGUUUUUGGUGGAGUCUUUCAGGUUUUCCAUGUAGAGUAUCAUGUCAUCUGAGAAAAGUAAGAGUUUGUCUUCUUUGCCAAUUUGGAUGUCUUUUAUUUCAUUUUGUCCAUUUCAUUUUGUUUAUUUCAUCUUGCUGAAGCUAGGACUUCCAAUACUAUGGCGAACAACAGUGGUGAGAGUGAACAUCUCUUUUGUGUUCCUGAUCUUAAGGAAAAAGUUCUCAGUUUUUCCCCAUUGAGAAUGAUAUUAGCUGUGGGCCUUUCAUAUAUGGCUUUUAUGAUGCUAAGGUAUGUUUCUUCUAUCCCGACUUCUUUGAGGGUUUUUAUUAAGAAAGGAUGUUGUAUUAUGUCAAAUGCUUUUUCUGCAUCAAUUGACAGGAACAUAUGGUUCUUUUCCUUUCUUCUAUUAAUGUGGUGUACCACAUUGAUUGAUUUGCAAAUAUUGACCAGCCCUGCAGCCCAGGAAUGAAUCCCACUUGAUCAUGGUGAAUAAUUGUUUAAUGACUGUUGAAUUCGAUUUGCUAGUAUCUUUGUUGAGAAUUUUUGCAUCAUGUUCAUCAGGAAUAUUGGCCUGUAAUUCUCCUUUUUAAUGGGAUCUUUGUCUGGUUUUGGAAUCAAGGUAAUUCUGCCUUAAUAUAAUUGAUUUGGAAUCUUUCCUUCCAUUUCUCUUUUUUGGAACAGUUUGAGAAGAAUAGGUAUUAACUCUGCUUUAAAUGUCUGGUAGACAUUCCGUUUCUUUGCUGGUUAUGGGUCUGUUCAAAUUUUCUAUUUUUUCCCGUUUGAGUUUUGGUAGUGUGUGAGUGUCUAGGAAUUUGUCCAUUUCUUCCAGAUUGUCCAGUUUGUUGGCAUAUGAUAUUUUCGUAGUAUUCUCUAAUAAUUGUUUGUAUUUCUGUGGUGUUGGUUGUGAUCUCUCCUCUUUCAUUUGUGAUUUUAUCUAUUUGGGUCCUCUCUCUUUUCUCUUUGAGAAGUCUGGCUAGGGGGUUAUCAAUUUUGUAAACCAGCUCUUAGAUUCAUUUAUUUGUUCUACUGUUGUUGUUGUGGGUUUUUUUCUUUUUUUGGAUUCUAUAUUGUUUAUUUCUGCUCUAAUCUUUAUUAUUUCUAUUCUUCUGUUGGCUUUGGGUUUUCUUCACUGCUGCCUUUCUAUUUCCUUUAAGUGUGAGGUUAGGUUGUAUAUUUGGGACCUUUCUUGCUUCUUAAGAUAGGCCUGAAUUGCAGUGUAUUUUCCUGUUAGUACUGCCUUUGCUGCAUCCCAAAGGGUUUGGACUAUCAUGGUUUCAUUUUCAUUUGCUUCCAUAUAUUUUUUAAUAUCUUCUUUAAUUUCCUGGUUAACCCAUUCAUUCUUUAGUAGGAUGUUCUUUAGCCUCCAUGUAUUUGGGAGCUUUCCAAAUUUUUUCUUGUAUUUGAUUUCAAGUUUCAUAGUGUUGUGAUUCUGAAAAUAUGCAUGGUAUGAUCUCAAUCCUUUUAUAUUUGUUAUUCUAAAAGAAAAAGACAAUAAAAAGAAGAGAGUGGUGAGACACAGAGAAGAGAAGAACAAAUAGGUAAAACUGGCAGACAGAUAGACAAACAGACUAACAGACAAAAACAACAGUGCCUGAGACCUGUGGCUGUGCUGGUUUGGAGGAGAGGCCAUCUGGUUCGUUCAUUGUCAAUCUCACUCCUGUAGAUAAGCAGUUGCCAGGGGCACAGGGCAGGGUUUGUUGUAAGCGGGUCCCGCCUCCACUAGGGACCACUGUUCUGUUCCCUGAAACCCCACCUUGUUCAUGUUGGAGGGGGAAAAUCGCAACACCUCAAUCUCUCCUCCCCCAACCAGUGUCUCAAACCACUGUUAAGCAGCCCUCACAGAGUAGUACGGGCAGGCUGGCUUGGACUGCUCCACAGUCUCUGGCGCCUCCUAGGCACUGGGCUGAGAUUCAAAACCCAGUAUCUUAAAGGAUCCCACACCCUGGGGACCUGGUUCUGGAAAAGGGACACUCCGCCCAGGUGAUAAAAGGCCUUGAGCUGGCACCUGCAGGGUCUUUUGUCCUUGGGGUGGGGCAAUACACCUUCUUCCUACAGUACUCAAGGGAGGGGACUGUUCUCUCCCAGUGCAUCCCUGAGAUUGCUACAUCCACCCUAAGGCUGGCUCCCCUACCCACCAGGUGCUUCGUACCCAGAAGCAGCUCUGGUCAGAGAAAGUCACGCACUUUUGAAAACCUGGAGUUUCAGCACCUAAGGCUGUUUGCAAGACAGAAACUGGCACUCUCCAUAUUUCUCAUUCCCCAGUCCAUUGUCAGGAGAGGUUUUCCUCUUGUGCUAACUCAAUACCGCAAUCUCACAGCCCCUCUUUCUCUCCCUUUUGUCUCUCCACAGAAGGGGUUCCUUCCCCUCUAUGCCUACACCUUUUUAUCUCCCCCAACUGGCAUACACACACCUUGAUCCUACCAAGCUGUCUCCCUCCACCCGUGGAGAUCCUUGUGCCACUCCGCACAUUGAUUUCCUGAGUGUUCCAAGUGAUGUGACCUCAAUAUAGCUUGAGGGACAUGAGAAAUCCCAGGCCCCCUAUUUCUCUGCCAUCUUAACUCCCCCUGGCCUCCUCUCAUAUUUUUUGGAAGUAUUUGUGAAGUAUUGAGGUUAACUCUUCUUUAAACAUUUGGUAGAAUUUAACAUUGAAGCCACCUGUUCUGUUUUUCUUUGAGGAAAGUUUUUGAUUACUAAUCCAAUCUAUUUGUUUGAGGUCUGUUAUAGUUUUCUAUUUCUUCUUGAGUCAGUUUCCAUGUUUUAUGUCUUUCUAGAAAUCUGUUCAUUUCAUCUAGGCUAUUUAAUUUUUUGGCAUAUCAGUGUUCAUAGCAUUCCCUUAUAUUCCUUUUUAUUUUGGUAAGAUCAGUAGUUAUGUCUUCUCUUUUAUUCCUGACUUUAGUAAUUUGAGUCUUCUCUUUUUUUUUUCUUGGUCAUUCCAGGUAAAGGUUUGUCAAUGUAAUUGAUCUUUAAAAACAACAACAGCAACAACAAAAACAACAACAACAAAUACAGAGAACAAGCUGAAGGCUGCUGAAGGGGAAGUGGGUAGGGGAUGGAUUAAGCGGAUGGUGGGCAUUAAGGAGGGCACCUUUUUUUUUUAAACAUAAUUUAUUGUCAAGUUGGCUAAUGUACAGUGUAUACAGUGUGUGCUUGGUUUUGGGGGUAGAUUACCAUGAUUCAUCACUUACAUAUAACAAACACCCAGUGCUGAUAGGAGGGCGCUUUUUGGUAUGAGCACUGGGUGUGAUAUGCCAAGUGAUGAAUCACUGGGUUCUACUCCCGAAACAAGGCUACACUGCAUGUUAACUAACUUGAAUUUAAAUUAAAAAAUAAAAAUAAAAAUAAGAAAAAAACCUUCUAGUUCUGUUGAUUUUCUCUAUUGUUUUUCUAUUUGUAUUUUAUUUAUUUCUGAUCCAAUCUUUAUUAUUUCCUUCUUUCUGCUUGCUUUGGGUUUAGCUUGCUCUUCUUUUUCUAGUUCCUAAAGAUGAAAGUUUAGGUUAUUGAUUUGACAUCUUUUUUUCUCUUUCAAUACAGGUGUUUACAGCUAUAAAUUUCCCUUGCACUGCUUUAUUAUAUCCCAUAAGCUUUAGUAUAUUAUGUUUUCAUUUUGAUUCACCUCAAAGUAUUUUCUAAUUUCCCUUGUGAAUUCUUCUUUGGCCCAUUCAGAAGAAAUAUGUUUCAUUUCCACAUGUUUGUGAAUUUCCUUCUGUUACUUAUUUCUAAUCUCAUUCUAUUGUGGUCACAGAACUACAUUAUUCUAAACCUUUUAAAUUUAUUGAAACUUGUUUUGGGUUUGACAUAUGGUCCAUUAUAGAGAAUGUUCCAUGAACACUUGAAAAGAAAAUAUAUUCUGUUGUUGAGUGGAAGGUUUUAUUGCUGUCUAUCAGGUCUAGUUUGUUUAUAUUCUUGUUUAAGUCUCUAUAUUCUUCUUGAUCUUGUAAGUCCACGUAGUUAUUCUAUCCAUUAUUGAAAGUGGGGUAUUGAAGUCUUCAACUCUUAUUGUAGAACUGUCUCUUUAUCUCUCAAUUCUGUUAGUUUUUGUUUUGUAUAUUUUGGGGCUCUGUUUUUAGAUACAUAUGUUUAAAAAUUUUACAUCUUCUUGAUGAAUUGAUUCUUUUGUAAUUAAAAAAAGACUUAAGCUAUUCUUUGUCUCUAGUAACAAUUUUUGUCUUAAAGGUUUUUGUUUUUUUCUGGUAUUAGUAUAGUCAUUCCAAUUUUUUUUUCUUAGCUACUAUAUGCAUGGUGUAUAUUUUUCCAUCCUUUUACUUUCAACCUAUUUCUGUCUUUAAAUCUAAUAUACAUGUCUCGUAGAUGGUAUAUAGUGUAUCAUGGGCGUUUAUUUGUUUGCUUGCUUGCUUUCUUUUUACCCAUUCUGUCAGUCUCUGGCCAAUUUUAUUCUGAGCUCAUCUUUUUCUUGUGACACCUUGUCAGUUGCAACCAAUAGUAGCCAAUGUGCACUACUAAUGUUCUGUUAUUCCACUUCUCCUCCUACAGAUGUCAUAUAAGUAAACAUCGGUUCUGCCCGCAAAGUUAGAUCAAUUGAUAAAGUCUCAGCACCACAGAACAUGCAUUGAGACAUUUCCAGUCUCCAACAUUAGUUUUCCUCUCAGCAUGCCACCAGACCAUUAAGCUGUUAGAGCAGUGCCCUACUUCAAGAUAGCAAUUUGCAUAUUUGUACAGAUCUUCCUCAACUUAUAAUGGGGCUAUGUACCAAUAAACCCAUUAUAGGUUGAAAACAUCAACAGUCAAAAAUGCUUGCACUACACCUAACCUACUGAACAUCAUAGCUUAGCCUAUCCUACCUUCAGUGUGCUCAGAACACUUACAUUAGCAUACAGUUGGACAAAAUCAUCUAAUGCAAAGCCUAUUUUAUAAUUAAGUAUUGCAUAUCUCAUGUAGUUUAUUCAGCACUAUACUGAAAGUGAAAAACAGAAUGGUUGUAUAGGUGCAGAAUGGUUAUAAGUGUUAUCAGUUGUUUACCCUCCUGAUUUCAUGGCUGACUGGGAGCUACAGUUCAUUACCACUGCCCAGCAUCACAAGAGAGUACUGUACAAUGCAUUGCUACACUGGGAAAAGAUCAAAAUUCAAAGCAUGGUAUCACUUUUGCACCAUGAUAAAGUCAAAAAAUUGUAAGUUGAACCAUUGUAAGACAGGAAUCCCUGGUAUAAUAUUUAUAUCAGUCAAGAGUAUGAAAACGAUAUAGUAUGAUAAUAAAUAAACUCAAAAAUCUAACUGGUCUAACCUAACAAGGUUUAUUUCUCACUCAUGUUACCAUCCAAUGCAGGUCAGGUAACUGUCCACAUGGCUGUCUCUAAGCAGCAACAUACCACUUACUUGUAGCUAUUUUGCCAUCUCUGAGUUCUUCACUUUCUGAAAUCAUAGACAGGAGAGACAGAGAGUGGCUGAUAGUGCACGGGGGUUAUUGCCAGGCUCGAAAAUAGCACAUAUCACUUUGGCUCACACCUAAUGGGCCAGAUAUACUCACAUUUAACUGCAUGUGACUCAACUGCAACAGAGAUGAAAAUCUUCAGAAACACAUUAAUAUUUGAUGAUCACUAGUAGUCUCCACCAUACCCCUAUUCCCUAAACAUAUCAGAAUUUCACCUUUGAAAGAGGAGAAGGGUGGUCAGAGUCCACUAGUUUAUAAAUACAAGCCAUCCAGAACUGGAAGAGGUAUCAUGGUUAAGUGGUAUGGGCUCCAGAGUCAGGCUGUCUGUGUUCAAACCUUAAGUCUACUAUUUAAUAAUUGUGUCAACUAAGACACCAAAUUAACCUCUAUAGGCUUUAGUUUGCUUGUCUGUAAAGUGGCGAUUAAAUCGUACCUACCUUUUAGAUGCGUUGUCAAGGUGAAAUGAGCCAAUCUCUGUAAAACAGAGAAAAUACCUUGCACAUAGUAAGUAUGUAAUAGAUGUUACCUAUUAUUAGUUAAAAAGCUGGAAAAUAGUGAGACAGGAAAUAAAACCAUACAGUGAAUGUUAUUGCUGUAAAUAUUUUCCUCUGCGUGCCUGAUUGGAAAUGUGUUUGUCUGGGGGCUCCAAGCAGUGGCAGGAAAGUAAGUGGCCAGACAGAUGAGGCGCUAAUGGGCUUAUUUAUAUGAGAUGAACAGGCGUCUGAUAAUGGCAUUAGCUCUUACAAGUGCAGUGGUCCAAGCUUAAGAAUGCUCCCUGAGAACUUAAAGAGGAGAGGCUUAAUUGGAGUGCAAUUUAAAUCUCAUCACAACCCUACACAAAGAACAAAGUCGCCAGCACAGUGGCAAGAAGCUUGGUCUUGACUUCGACUGCUUCUGAUAUUCCAAACCAUAUGGCUCUGCCAAGCUCAGGAUGAAGGAUCAAGAGGAGCCCAGCAAGUGUGAAUCUAUCAGCUUUCACUCUGAGGGGGCUGAGCAGGCUCUUGUUCCUGCUACAGCUAAGAGAUGAAUUUGCAAGGAGCCCAGAGAAAUAAAGUACUCAUCUGAGCUGAGUGUGGUCAAUCCAGUGUUUGAAUUCAGGGUCUUUAUCUGAGAGGUGAUAGGGCACAGUGGCUAAAAGCACAGAUUCUGGAGUCAAACUGACUGUGUUCAAACCCCAACUCUGACCCUGAACUAACUGUGUGAAUCUAAGCUAGUCAUUAACUCCUCCAAACCUACCAGUUUUUAUCAAUUAGCUGGGAUUUAUAUUACUGUGUUUGUUGUCCUCUAUUUGCCCUUCCAUAUCCACUUUUCCUCCCUCCGUGCACACCCUGAUUUAUGUCCCAGGAUACUGGCCUAUAAGAAUGGAAUCAAGGGACUCCGUUGCUCUCUGGCAUCUGGUUGUGUCCAAGAAUUUAGCACAUGGGACGAGAGUGAAAUCUUGGUAUUUAUUUCCCUAGAUCCCACUCUGCUGGGUUGCUGCAGGUUGGUUGUGACCCUCUCCCAAAGACCACAGCUACUUUUCAUUAUAGCUUUUUUCCACAGGUUCCUAAAACCACUACCUCCUCUUUCCUUUUCAGGCCUGGCAUAGUAACGGUUCCCCACUAUCACUAGCUCCAACAUACUCUAACAUCCCUUGUUUCUUUCCCUAAACUCUUCCCACUUAAUCCCCUCAUUAAGUGCUCUUCAAUUACCCACUUUUGAGUGCCAGGACCUUGACUAAUACAACUACAUGCUUACAGUAGAUACACCUUUGGGUGGCUAACUGGUUCACAGUGACUCCUUUUCUCUGAGAACCAUCCUUAUACAAAGGUGGCCAUCCCUGUACUACAUGUCCCUUCAACCUGAUUGGUUCAAGGAUAGAUACCUGACCCAAGGUAGGCCAAUCAGAUUCUCCCUCAUAGAAAUGUGAUAUUUGGAACAAAGAGAAGCCAGUAGGACUGCACCAGGUUUAUCUCCAAAUCCACCUUGUAAAGAGUCUACAAAAGCAGGCAAGAGUGGGUUCCUAUAUUUCCAAGUUUUGAUUAUUCAACCCUUCCUCCUGUUCCGUGAGAUACCCUAUUAUCCUUUCAAUACAUUUCUUCUUCUUUAACUAGCCAGAGUUGGUUUCUGCUGCAUACAUUCCAAAGAAUGUCAAUGAAUACAGUACCUCAUAGAAUUUUAUGAGAUAAUAUAUACAGGGUAGUUAGCACAAUGUUUGAUGUAUGGUAAGCUCCCAAUAAUUUGUAGCAUUUAUUGUUUAUAACAGUGGAACUAAUAAGAGAAUGAGAAGACAAGCCACAAACUGGGAGAAAAUAUUCAUAAAGACACAUCUGAAAAGAACUGUUAUCCAAAUUAGACAAAGAACUCUUAAAAUUCAACAAUAAGAAAAUUAACCCAAUUAAAGGAUUAAAAGUCCAAUACAACAGGAGACUUAACUCCAAAAUGGAAGGGUCCAUAUGGGGUCAUAUUAUGUACUCCCACUGCAGUAAAGUUAGAGGGGCACUCUUCAUGGGCUCCUAUAUAUAAAAUAAAAUCUAUACUCCCUUCACAGGAAACCAAAGGGCCUUCUCAUUCCUGUGAACCUGUAGAAGACCUCAAACUUCUUAUUAUGGUUGUACAUUUUUCACUCUCCUUUCCCCAAUUUAUACUAACAAUUCCUCCUUACAGUGGGCCAUUCAAGAGGAUCACCACAGACAUUUUAAUUACAAAGCAGAAAAACCCAUCUAUUCCUGCUGUCUGUUCCCAUUCCCAUCCGAGGAUGCUUCAAGCCUGAUAUCUAAAAAUCUUGCUGGCAGCAUUGGCAGACACUGGGUUUGUAAUUUGCUCUAACCAUUAACCUGUAUUUUUCUUGUGUCUGUAAAAGUACCUCUUAUUAAUUACCUAAUUGCUUACUAAACAGAACAGAGUCUAUAUGAUGGCUAAACACCACCUGUUACACAGUUAUGGCCUCAGUAACUCUCAAAAUAAGAUUAUAUUAUUAAAUACUAAAAUAACUCAAAUGCAUAAAGCAGUUCUACAAAAUAGAAUGGCAUUAAAUGUUUUAACUGUUGCACAAGGUGUAACUUGUGCUCUCAAAAACAGUGCUGUGUGUGCAUUCCAAAUUACCACAAAAAUAUUUCUGGAUUUCUAACUGACAUGAAUAUUCAAAUUGGCGCUUUUAAACAAUCCCUCUCUUUCCUUUAAUGAUUGGUUAAACAUCUAGACUGGAGGAUUUCAAUCACCUAUUAAGGGUCUCUCUGUUGGAAUUCUCAUAGUUCUAGCCAUGCUAAUCCUAAUAUGUUGCCUUUUUCAAUGUCUCUCUGCUUGGUGCUGAGACUCCAUCACCAUGGCAGAUGAUC